UUUUAUGUUGGAAAUCUUCAUUACACAGAGACUUUCUUUCUCCUUCUCUUUGUUGAAGCAAGUAGAGCUACCAUGAUCAUCUUUAGAACAUUCUUGUUCUUCUUUGUCUUCACGGCUACAACUAAAAUUGCUUUAAUGGAAGAACAGACAUACAUAAUCCACAUGGACAAGACCAAAAUCACAGACUCAGAUCAUCAACAAUACUACCAAGCAGUGAUUGAUUCCAUCACCAAACUCUCAUCUCAAGAAGAAGAAGAAGAAAACAAAACACCAACUCCUCAGCUCCUUUACAUAUAUGAAACUGCUAUUUCAGGUUUUGCAGCAAAGCUGUCAACCAGUCAACUCAAAUCCUUGAACCAAGUUGAUGGUUUCCUCUUUGCCACACCUGAUGAGCUGCUAAGUCUCCAUACCACACACACUCCUCAGUUCCUUGGCUUACAAAAUGGCAAGGGACUUUGGAGCGCUUCCAACUUGGCCUCGGAUGUAAUUGUUGGCCUUGUUGACACGGGAAUCUGGCCAGAACAUGUAAGCUUCCAGGACUCAGGUAUGUCCCCGGUACCCGCCCGCUGGAAAGGCACUUGUGAAGAAGGCACAAGGUUCUCAAUUUCAAAUUGCAACAAAAAGCUUAUUGGUGCAAGAGUUUUUGUCCAAGGGUAUGAGGCCAUUGUUGGCAGAGUCAAUGAAACAGUGGAUUAUCGAUCCCCUCGUGACUCGAAUGGGCAUGGAACUCAUACUGCUUCCAUUGCAGCUGGUAACUUUGUGAAUCAAGCCAGCUUAUUUGGCUUGGCCAAGGGCUUAGCCAGUGGAAUGAAGUAUACUGCAAGAAUUGCAGCCUAUAAGGCCUGCUGGACAUCGGGAUGCACUAACUCUGAUGUAAUGGCUGCUAUUGACAGUGCUGUUGCAGAUGGGGUAGACAUUUUGUCACUCUCAUUGGGAGGGCGUUCUAAUCCUUAUUACAGAGACAAUAUUGCUAUAGCUUCAUUUGGGGCAAUCCAACAUGGAGUUUUUGUGUCCUGCGCAGCCGGUAACUCAGGCCCUUCUAGGUCAAGUCUUAGUAAUGCCGCACCUUGGAUUAUGACUGUUGCAGCUAGCUACAAUGACAGAAGCUUUCCAACAGCAGUGAAACUUGGGGAUGGACAAAUUUUUGAAGGGUCAUCUCUAUAUUCUGGUAAGAAAACUAAACAAUUGCCACUUGUGUAUAACAGAACUGCAGGUAGCCAAGGAGCUGCGUACUGCUUUGAAGGUUCACUGGUCAAGAAGCUUGUAAAAGGAAAGAUUGUGGUUUGUGAGGGAGGAAUAUAUUCGCGAACUGGAGUUGGAGAGAAAGUGAAGAAGGCAGGGGGAGCUGGAAUGCUUCUACUGAACAGUGAAGAUGAAGGUGAAGAAAUUCUUGCUGACGCUCAUAUUCUGCCAGUUGCUGAGAUUUUCAGUUUUUCUGAUUCUGCACAACAUCUUUGGACUGCUGUCAAAGAAAUGUAUGGAAAUCAAAAUAAUGCAGCCAGGAUUUUUCAACUAAAGAAGGAUAUUGCUGGGGUGUAUCAAGAUGGAAAAUCUUUUAUUGAACAUCUGGGAAAGCUUAAACACAUGUGGAAUGAGCUAGAUCCUUACAGAUCUCAUACUAUUGAUUCAGCCACUCUUCUGAAAAAAGCUAAAGAGGAUAAAAUUUUCCAACUCUUGUCCAGUUUGGAUCCAACUCUUGGCAAAUACACUUCAAUGUCUUGUCCCCAUGUGAGUGGCUUAGCCUCUCUUCUCAAGUCAGUGCAUAGAGAUUGGUCACCUGCCGCAAUCAAAUCUGCACUAAUGACCACAGCUUACACACUAAACAACAAAGGGGCCGCAGUUGCUGAUAUUGCCUCAACUAGUACUUCAAAAUCAGCUACCCCUUUUGCCUUUGGUUCAGGGCAUGUUGAUCCAGAAAAUGCUUCUGAUCCAGGCCUAGUUUAUGACAUUACCGCUGAAGACUACCUGUUUUAUUUGUGUAGCUUGAGUUAUAACUCUUCCCAAAUAGCUCUUUUCUCCAGUGGGGUUAAUUUUACUUGUCCAAAAAAUGCAGUUCUUCAGCCUGGUGACUUGAAUUACCCUUCAUUCUCUGUGCUUUUCAGCAAAGACGCAAGGAAUAUGAGUGUUACAUACAAGAGGACAGUGAAAAAUGUUGGUAAAAUUCCUAGUACUUAUGCAGUGCAGGUGAAAGAACCUACUGGAGUAUCAGUGACUGUUGAGCCUAGAAGCUUGACGUUUAAGAAGAUGGGUGAAAAACUGAGCUACAAAGUGAGUUUUGUUUCAUUGGGAGGACCAACUUUGAUCAAUUCAUCCUUUGGAACCCUAACUUGGGUGUCAGGGAAAUAUAGAGUUGGAAGUCCCAUAGUAGUAACUUGGCUGUAAUAAGUUUUUAUUUUUUUGGUCAAAGCUAUAAUAAGUUUUGGGGCUAAAUCACUAUCCAACCUCAAGUUUAGGACUAAAUGAUGGAGAGCACAGAAGUUUGUAAUUUUAACUGCUAUAAAAUAUUACCAGGGAUUGCCAGUUAAGCUGGAUAUUAUGCUA